GUUUGGUUUUACAAGUCUGAAAAAGUGAAGGAAGCACAUAAUCUCCACUUUCUGUUAUCCCCUCUCAUUCACUCACCAAUACCAUCUCCCUUCUCUCUCCUAAAUUCUUGAGUUUGAUAUUUUUCUGAUCAAUUUAGGGGUUUUUCAUUUCUCUGGACCAAUCGAUUAAUCACUAGCAAUGGUUUCUGAUUCAAUCCCUAACGCUUCCAUCCCUGUCGCUUCCUCUAAUCCCAAAGAUUUCGCCAAGAAAAAAAGGGCUAACCGGUCGGCCAAGUUGAAGCAGUGCAAGCUUGAUGCUCGACGCGAGCAGUGGCUUUCACAAGUGAAGAACAAAGGGUCGAAGGAUGAAAUGAAUGUUGGAGGGAAUCAGGCUCCGGCAACUAAUGUUGCAAACGAGAGGGGCCGGUUGAUAGAGAAGUUAGAGAUAAAGCCGAGAGCGGAGGAAGACAAUGAAGUAAAUAUUGAUUCCUCAAACCACUACAGCUAUUCGGAUUCGAAUUCUAACAGUCCCAUAAGCCAUACUAGUAGUAUUAUGGAAGGGAAUGAUUCUGCGGCCAAUUUUGCAGGGAGCAGCAGCAGUAGUAUUAGCAGUUGCAGUGGAAGUGGUGGGUGUUGUUCAGGAAGUUUGAGUGAAGAAGAUGAACAGGGGGAUGAUGAUGACUGCUUGGACGAUUGGGAGGCUGUUGCAGAUGCUUUGGCUGCGACUGAUCAGAAGCUGGAGCAGCAUCAUCCUGGUUUGGAUUCGCCUCGAGAGAAGGAUGAGAAUGUGCAUUUGAGUUCUCGGACCAACAUUUCUAAUGGGGUUACAGGUAUUGAUACAACAAAGCAGAAGUCUGAGCACAGAGGUUUGGCAUCUAGACCUCCAGUUAGUUGCAAGGCAUGGAGGCCCGACGAUGCAUUCCGUCCACAGAUUCUGCCAAACUUGUCUAAGCAAUAUAGUUUCCCUAUGAAUUCUGAGCGGCAUUGCCGUGGAGGUGCUGUAUGGGGAUGUAAAAGGUUAUCGGUACCCACAUCAUGUCCUAUAUGCUGCGAGGAUUUGGAUCUUACAGACACGAGUUUUCACCCUUGUACAUGUGGCUUCAUACUUUGCCUUUUUUGCCACAAGAGGAUUCUUGAGGAGGAUGGUCGUUGUCCAGGUUGCAGGAAGCAGUACAACCAUGGUCCAGUUGAGAGUGAGGCUACCGUAGAUGGAGGCAGCAUGAAGUUUCGAUUGGCUCGAUCUUGUAGCAUGAUCUCAAGGUCCUAGGAAGAUUCUGUUUCCCCCUAGUUGCGUAUGCUGGUCCCUUCUCUUUCUCUGCAUGGUUUGUGUGUGUUCUCACUCUUGUUAGACUCUGCUAGGGUUAGAUUUUUCAUAGCAUUAGAUGUUCAUAUAGUAACGUAUUGUGUGAGAGCACAGCGAAAUUCUUAUGAUUCUUUCUAAGAUUUUGCUCAUAAUAGAUAUGAUUCUUGUGAUGAUGCAGAAUGCACAUUGCGAGUAUAUAAGGUGGUAUAUAGUUAAAUACAUUGAAUUUGUCUCUCUGAAAGAGUUGUCACCUUCCUAUCAUAUUACUAUGAAUAAAUAAUGAGAAACAACCAGGAGAUUUCUAAAGCUUUGCCUGAUUUAA